GUUGUGCAUUUGGAGCUAAGUCUGUUUCGUGACUAGCGUAGGCAAUCCUUGUGGGGCGGGGAUGUCCGGUGGGAACACGAUUAAUUACUCAUUACAACAGGCGUCUACCUACUAAUUACUUGUCUGCAACGUAUGGAAUGAAAAAUGCUGCUCGGCCACCAUCAAUCAAGAUCUCACGAUUCAUAAUAUGAACCAUGAGACCCUGCUCUCAAGGACAUCUGAUGUCCAGUUCUCGCGUUGCCUUGUGUAUCGUCGCAUAUGGAUAUUCUCAGUCUGCGAUUCGAUGAAUUAUGUCUCAAUUCCGUAGCGUCGAUAUCUGCUUACGUGUGCUUAUGGAGAAGUCGAUCUUCGCUGUCUAUUAUAACAUGGCCCAGAUCUAUUGGCAUACAGCCUUGGCGUGGAAAACUGCUGGCCUCGAAAGCAUCAGCCGAGCAAGGAGAGGCUGAUCAUACGAGGGAUUAAAAUACCCCUCGUAUUUAAGAUGACGUGACAAUCUAUGAAAACCACUGCCAAGGCUGCACUGCGGCUCAUACAAGAGCUCGAAACCCUCAAGCCUUUGUCCAUUGCGAACGGCAUUGUACUCGACAACGGAUGUGGAACAGGAGCCACCGCCAUGGCAGUCCGAUAUCAAUCAGCAGAUAUCCCAAUAUUGGCCACCGAUAUCAGUCCUGGCAUGCUCGACAUCCUUGACAAGAGAGAAAUUCCUGGAAUCCGUACCCGCGUCGCCGACGCGCUCGAUCUCAGCGUUUUGGAAGAAGAUGGUGUCGACAAUCAUUUCAGCCAUGUGCUGAGUACAUUCAUGAUCCAAUUCACACCGGAUGCCACGAAGGCUGUAGCAGAGAUGUAUCGCGUCUUACAGCCUGGAGGAGCUUUUGGUCUUGCGACAUGGAUUGAGGUGGAAAUCGUUACCAAAAUCAAUGAGGCAGGCAAAGCACUCGAGCCUCAGUGGAAAGCCCCUAACAUGUUUGCUUCGAAUUGGCCCACGACCGUUUCUGAGGUCCAAGUAAAAAUGGAAGAGCUUGGAUUCGUCGACAUCCAUACGAACGUGACUCGCGCUGACCUGGACUCUCCGUUGGAACUCUUACUCGAUUACACAUAUAACGGAAACCACCCGAGUGCUGUUGAGCAGAUCAGGUAUUGGGAGGAGCAAGGCAGACUGAAGGAUUUCAAGGCCGUGUAUGAGAGAAGUUUAGGAAACCUGUACGCAAAGGGACACAGAUUGUCACUUCGAUAUAUGCUCACUACCGCACGAAAGCCCUAG